AUGCUAUCAGUUCUUAUUAGUUCCACUUGGAGACUGUUGAUUCUAUUAAAUAGUUAUAUAAAUUCCUGUAAAUUCCUCAAUUCAUUCUCAGGCGGAGACCAUAAAUGCAUUCCCAAUUUGGUAUAUCUCUCAAGUGUUAUUGAAAUAUUUUCACUCAAUAUGCUUAGCAUUGUUUCUGCAUCUGAUAACUAUAUUCAGCACCGCAAUUACUUCUGUGCCUUUGCUUUGUUCUCGGUGGUGUAUAUGAUAACAGAUGUUUACGUAUUACAACUUAAGCUUAAAACAACUGAAAAUACUUUUCUGAGUAACAUAUUACGAAAGAAGAUAUGUCUUAUGGCAUUCUACUUAAUUUGUCUGUUGAUUCUAAUACUAUGUUAUUGGAUUCAUAUGACAUUUUGUCCUCCAUAUGCUUAUACUAUGUUUUCUGCAGUUGAAUAUGCUGCAAUAUUUGCAAACAUUUUCUAUCACUAUACAACCUCCAAUACAUUUGAAGACAUAUCAGUGAGGAAAAUGAUCACUUACUUUUCCACCGGUCGAACUAUUCCAUUCGUAAAUAUGAGGUCAGAACUACCAUUGUUGGAAGUAAAAUGA